AUGGCUUCCAUUAUGGAGAGUUCAAUUAAUAGAGGAUGUGACUUUGUAUUUGACUUUUCUUGUGUCACCUGUCAGGAAAAUGACAGGAACAAAGAAGCUGAUUUUUACUGUGAUAAAUGUUCUAAAUUGUACUGUAACAAAUGUGUCAAGCAUCAUAACUAUCUGUUCAAGAAGCAUGCACUUUUGGGCAAAGAAAACAUCAGCCUAUGGCCUGAGACUGAUGUGGUUGAACUGGAGCAAUGUCAGGAGCACCGGAAAGAAAAACUGACAAUAUUCUGUGAGGACCACAGUCAGAUAUUAUGUCAUGUCUGCCAUGUCCACAAUCAUCAGAAAUGCAGUCAUGUGGUACUAAUAGCUGACAAAGUGAAAGUCCUCCAUAAGGAAGGAGACUUCAAGGAGUUGUUAGCAAGGUUUGAUGCACAGCACCAGCAGUUGAUACAUAAGCAACGAGACCUUGAUGAAAAUAUGAAGUCUCUUGAGAAAUCUUACGAAACAUUUCUGGAAGAAAUCAAUGCUUUACGAAAGACAAUUAAUGAUUCUUUAGAUCAACUGGAGAAGAAUACAAAGAAAGAAUUGGACACAUUUUUAGUCAAUUCGAGGACAUCUGUUCGAAAUGACAUCAAAAACUGCACGAAGUCCAUCAAAAAUAUAGCAUGCUUAAAAGAUGAUUGGCUGAGAACAAAAGACAAAAGUGAAGCACUGAGUUUCAUCAUGUAUAAAAAAUGCCGCGAUCAUUCCCUCAAGGUAGAAGCAGUUUUACAAGAAAUGAGAACACAAGAUGAAAGAACCCUUACAUUUAAUCCUGAUACGACCAUCCAACAAACCUUGUCUGCUCUAACGGGAUUGGGCCGAAUAUUCAGCACAGUGAAACAAGUAAAACCAGCUAAAGGGUCAACACAGAGCACAGUUACCCGACAUAAUAAUUCUAAAGCAUCCAGCCAUUCUGACCCUGACUCUGACCAAACAACUCCAGGAUUCAACAUAAACAAGUCCAAUAAAACAUCGAGUUUAUCUAGACCGUACAGCCCUGGAAACCAAAAAAGUGAUCCCACCAAGUCAGGCCAGGUUUCUGAUCCAGUAUCAAGUUCAUCACACCAGCUGGUCCAGGGAUAUCACUCAGGAGCAGUAAGCAAGACUGAUCAAAUUUUAAGAGUGAAGAAUGGAAAGAAUUACAGUGUGAAAAUCUCGAAAGAUGUUUGCCCAUCCAUUAUAACUGGUAUCUGUUGCACAGCUACUGGAGAACUUAUCAUCAUAGAUAGCAACAACUGUAAAAUGAAGCUCCUGGAUCAGACCUACAAGGUGGUGGCCCACUGUGACUUUCCUACUAGACCAUGGUCCAUGUGCAGCAUUGAUUCCAGUCUGGUGGCUGUUACUGUGGAUAGCAAUGAGGUCCACUUCAUCAGAGUGUCCAAUGGUCUGUUGAUAAAGGACAGGAUACUGAAGUUCCAACAUUAUUGCUUGGGUAUUGCCCAUCAGCAUGGUAACCUGUACAUUACAGAUUGUAGUGCUCUGUAUCACUAUACUCUGGAUGGAAGACUGGUGAGCAAGAUGUAUAAGGAUACAUCACAUCCAUGGACAGUGAGUCCAGAUGGUGACAGGAUAUAUGUGACCAACAGUUACAGUCGACAGCUGGUCACCCUGUCCAGGGAUGGCACAGUGAUCUCCACCCUGACUGUACCUGACCUGAGCUCCCCUGUAGGAGUACUACCUGGCCUACAUGUGACAGAUUCAGGACAAGUUCUGAUGUGUGGAUACUAUACAGACACAAUCUACCAGCUUGACAGAGAUGGAAGACAGAUACUGGCAGAGGUGGUCACAAAGAAUAAUGGUGUGAUUAACCCUAUAUCUGUCUACUACAGUAAGAACACAGAAACAAUCAUUGUAGGAACGUAUUAUAAUGAUAACAUCAUAGUCUUUAAGGCCCAAUGA